GAAACAUGUUAACAUGCAAUGGUACCAAACUGAGACCUCCUCCUUGAGAGCGAGAGAAUUGAAAAAGAGGAUAGAUAACUUUCUUCGUCUUGAUUCCAAAUUCUGAGUUUGAGUUCAUCCCGGGGAUUUAUCCCAGGCUGGGAUGCGGGACUCCUAAUCUACCUGGUUUCCUUGGUCCAUUCAUUCCUAAGCCACUGCGACUCUUCCCUGGCAGAGGGGAAGGGAGUCUGUGCCUUGGGAACGGGUGACAAGUCCUGAUGGGAGGUGGGGCUGAAAAGGGAGGUAGCCCCACCCCCCACCCCCUCCCAGGCCCAGAUUAUGGCUUCCUUCUCUGCUCCCUGUGUUUGUGGGUGGUCAUAUGAAACUCCCCACCAUCACCAUUGGAGCAGAAUUAUAAGGGCAGUUGGAACCUUUAAACGAGGGUUUUCUUUCUAGAAUCUCCGAUCUGCUACUGUGCAGAUGGACUUGCAGGCACUGCUGUGAGAAGUGCUAUGAGUCCAGCUGUUGCCAGUCGAGUGAGGAUGAAGUUGAAAUUCUGGGACCUUUCCCUGCCCAGACUCCUCCCUGGCUGAUGGCCGGCCGGAGCAGUGACAAGGACGGGGAUUCCGUCCACACAGCUAGUGAAGUCCCUCUGACCCCACGGACCAACUCCCCAGAUCGCAGAUGCUCAUCCUCAGACACGUCAAAGUCUACGUACAGCCUGACCCGAAGGAUUUCAAGUCUUGAAUCCAGACGACCCAGCUCCCCGCUCAUUGAUAUUAAACCCAUCGAGUUUGGCGUUCUCAGCGCCAAAAAGGAGCCCAUCCAGCCCUCGGUGCUCAGACGGACUUACACCCCAGACGACUAUUUCAGAAAGUUCGAGCCCCAGCUGUACUCCCUAGACUCCAACAGCGACGAUGUGGACUUCCUGACCGAUGAGGAGAUCUUGUCCAAGUACCAGCUGGGCAUGCUGCACUUCAGCACCCAGUACGACCUGCUGCACAACCACCUGACCGUGAGGGUGAUCGAGGCCAGGGACCUGCCGCCCCCCAUCUCCCACGACGGCUCACGCCAGGACAUGGCGCACUCAAACCCCUACGUCAAGAUCUGUCUCCUGCCGGACCAGAAGAACUCGAAGCAGACGGGGGUCAAACGCAAGACCCAGAAACCCGUGUUUGAGGAGCGUUACACCUUUGAGAUCCCCUUCCUAGAAGCACAGAGGAGGACCCUGCUGCUGACCGUGGUGGAUUUUGAUAAGUUCUCCCGCCACUGUGUCAUCGGGAAGGUGUCCGUCCCUUUGUGCGAGGUUGACCUGGUGAAAGGCGGGCACUGGUGGAAGGCGCUGGUCCCCAGUUCUCAGAAUGAAGUAGAGCUGGGGGAGCUGCUUCUGUCACUGAAUUAUCUCCCGAGUGCUGGGAGACUGAAUGUUGAUGUUAUUCGAGCCAAGCAACUUCUUCAGACAGAUGUGAGCCAAGGUUCAGACCCCUUUGUGAAAAUCCAGCUGGUACAUGGACUCAAGCUUGUGAAAACAAAGAAGACAUCCUUCUUAAGAGGCACAAUUGAUCCUUUCUACAAUGAAUCCUUCAGCUUCAAAGUUCCCCAAGAAGAACUUGAAAAUGCCAGCUUAGUGUUUACAGUGUUUGGCCACAACAUGAAGAGCAGCAACGACUUCAUCGGAAGGAUUGUCAUCGGCCAGUACUCUUCGGGCCCCUCCGAAUCCAACCACUGGCGGCGAAUGCUCAACACCCACCGCACAGCCGUAGAGCAGUGGCACAGCCUGAGGUCCCGGGCCGAGUGUGACCGCGUGUCUCCUGCCUCGCUGGAGGUGACCUGAGAGCUGUGGGAAAAGCAGCUUUCAUUUGUUUAAAAAAAGAGGAGGAAAAUUUCAGACAGACAGAAAACGUGUCACAUGCCUAUUACAUCCGCACAACACACGCACACACACACACUCAAAUACACACACACACUAAAUCCUCUCAGAACUGAGAGGAAGCUGACUAUUGCACACAGAAUGGUUGCCCUCAGUGGGCAAAGCCUGAGAACUUUCUAGAAACCCCAUCUAUACGUCACGAGCUGAGUGGGCUCUGCUGUGAGACUUACUGGCAGUGCUUGCUCCUGUUGAUACCCCUACCCCCAAAUGCACUUUCAACCCUCAGGCCAGAGAAGGGGCCUCCCCAAGGGUGCCAGCCUCCAUCAAGAUGAAAUUCUCCAAGAGCUUGGCCAGUGUGUGGGAGGCCCGACCCCCACACCCAAAAGGCACACCUGCUGAUUGGGUGGCUUCUGAACGGGCUGCUGUUCCCUGGGGGGGUUCUUCAGACCUGAUACCUUCCCCCAAAAGUGUAAGUACUUUGUCUUCUCUUUAGUGGACGUGAUAGAUUAGACUAUUUGGAGAAACCAAAUGGCCUCAAAAAAUAUUCCAGUGUAAGAAACUUCCCUGGCUUAACUGAAUUUGUCCUUGUGUUAGCUUAUUCCUAAGGACCCCCCAUGGGGAAUGUUUUCGUGUGUGCCCUCACAGGUGAACACGUGUGUGUCCCUGUGUGUCCUCCUGGUGAGCAAGGUGGUCGGCAGGACCUCAGUCCUGAGCACUCCCUUCUCUCUGCCCCUCCCAGUGAAAUUUCACCCAGUGUCCUCCUGUCUGUCAUGACCCCACCUUCAGUAACAGCAUGUGCGUAUGUCAAGUAAAUAGAAUAUGAUAGAGCAAAAGUAACCUUUUUUGACGAUUCAUGGUGAUUGUGGCACACGAAAGACUUGCAAAGGACAGUUACGUGGAUUAAAAUGGCCACUGCCCUCCCGUCCAAGAGGACUCCUUCCUUGUCAUACUCUGAGCAUCUCUCUGUGUUUGUGUGUGAACCAAAGUCAUUUUUCUCAUGCUAAGGAAUUAGUGUAGUUAGGAUAGAUCUCUCCCUGUUGGAUGCUACUGUAUCUUUCCCACAGCCUCUUGUCUGGCAUAAUGGGGAGCUAUUUAUUGAAAUUAAAGAUUAUUUAUUUGUGCCAUGCA